AUGGCGGGCUUUGCAGCGAGCAACACGCUCGGCGACCUGAAGCAGGAUGUCGAGCUCGGAAGCCCGCCCGAGGACAGCAUCUCGGACCUCUGCUUCAACCCGAACCCGACCGACCCCAAGGACUUCCUGGCCGUGGCGAGCUGGGACAAGAAGGUGCGCAUCUACGAAAUCUUGCCCAAUGGCCAGGGCCAGGGCAAGCUCCAGAUGGAGCACGACGGGCCGGUGUUUUCGUGUGACUUCUUCAAGGACGGCUCAAAGGUCAUUGCGGGCGGGGCCGACAAACAAGCCAAGGUGCUGGACCUGGUUAGCGGGCAGACGGCCCAAGUAGCGCAGCACGACGCGCCGGUGCGGUGCGUGCGGUACUUUGAGAACAACGGCACGCCCAUGGCCGUGACGGGCUCGUGGGACAAGACGGUCAAAUACUGGGACUUCCGCUCCCCCCAGCCCGCCGGCGUGCUGCCGUGCCAGGAGAGGGUCUACAGCAUGGACGUGCGCGACAACCUGCUAGUGGUUGGCACGGCGGACCGCUACAUUAACGUGGUCAACCUGAAAGAACCCACCAAGUUCUACAAGACGAUGCAGAGCCCACUCAAGUGGCAGACACGCGUCGUCAGUUGCUUCACCGACUCUCAGGGCUUUGCUAUUGGCAGCAUUGAGGGCCGCUGCGCCAUCCAGUACGUCGAGGACAAGGACGCUAGUCUGAACUUCUCGUUCAAGUGCCACCGAGAUCCCCCUCAGGGCAACGUGACCAACGUGCACGCGGUGAACGACAUCUCCUUCCACCCGCAGCACGGCACCUUCAGCACCGCCGGCAGCGACGGCACGUUCCACUUCUGGGACAAGGACGCCAAGCACCGGCUGAAGGGGUACCCCAACGUCGGAGGCAGCAUCACGUCGACCAAGUUCAACAAGACGGGCUCCAUCUUUGCCUACGCCAUCAGCUACGACUGGAGCAGGGGGUUCCAGGGCAACGCCAGCACGUACCCGACCAAAGUGGUGCUGCACCCGGUGCAGCAAGACGAGUGCAAGCCGCGGCCAAAUCCUAAGAAGAGGUAG